AUGACAGUGGAUGGGAUGGAAUGUGGGCAUCGCUGGGUGAACCAGAGGAUUCAAGGGUCCAGUCUCCUCGAUCGAUGGCGAUACAUGGCAGCUUUCAUGCAGCACACAGGAGGCGUUGGCUUCCACUGGGAUUUCUCUCCACCAUUUGCCAUCGUCAAGGAAUCGUCGCUGGUUCACAGCUACAAGCACGGUUUCAAUGGCUUCUCCGCCUUCUUGACUGAAGCCGAAGCCGACUCCAUUGCAAAGCUUCCUGGCGUGGUUAAGGUUUUCCGUUCCAAAAAACUCAGUCUCCACACAACACGCUCCUGGGAUUUUCUCGACAGCUUUUCUGGUGGUCCGCACAUUCAACUCAACUCUAGCUCCGGAUCGGAUGUCAUUGUGGGAGUCCUGGAUACUGGUGUUUGGCCGGAGUCCAAGAGCUUCGACGACGCUGGGAUGGGCCCGGUGCCAAAGAGAUGGAAAGGAGUAUGUGACAAUUCCAAAAUCACCAAUCAUUCACACACGAUCCACUGCAACAAGAAAAUUGUAGGAGCUCGAUCUUAUGGACACUCGGACGUGGGGAGCCGUUAUCAAAACGCUCGGGACGAAGAGGGGCAUGGAACUCACACGGCCUCCACCAUCGCUGGAAGCCUGGUAAAAGACGCCACUUUUUUAACAACUCUUGGAAAAGGAGUUGCUCGAGGGGGCCAUCCAUCCGCAAGGCUUGCGAUCUACAGGGUUUGCACGCCAGAAUGUGAGGGUGACAACAUUCUCGCAGCAUUCGACGACGCAAUUCACGACGGUGUAGAUAUUCUCUCGUUAUCGCUGGGUUUAGGUACCACCGGAUAUGACGGGGAUUCCAUAUCCAUUGGUGCUUUCCAUGCAAUGCAGAAGGGAAUUUUUGUAUCAUGUUCUGCUGGAAAUGGAGGUCCAGGCUUCCAAACCAUCGAGAACUCGGCUCCAUGGAUUUUGACAGUGGGAGCAAGCACUAUCGACAGGAAGUUCUCGGUCGACAUCACACUUGGAAACUCUAAAACCAUUCAGGUCAAGGGAAAGAUUGUCUUGUGCAAAUACAGUCCGGGCGUUGCAUCAUCCCUGGUCAUCCAGCGACAUCUUAAAGAACUCGGUGCCUCUGGAGUAAUUUUGGGGAUUGAAAAUACGACAGAGGCAGUGUCCUUCCUUGAUCUUGCUGGAGCUGCUGUCACUGGGAGCGCCUUGGACGAGAUUAAUGCCUACCUGAAGAACUCGAGGAAUACUACAGCGACCAUCUCUCCAGCACAUACGAUCAUACAAACCACUCCAGCCCCAAUCAUUGCGGAUUUCUCAUCGAGGGGACCUGAUAUUACCAACGAUGGCAUUCUUAAGCCCGAUCUCGUUGCUCCUGGUGUGGACAUACUAGCUGCAUGGAGUCCCGAGCAGCCCAUCAACUAUUAUGGCAAGCCAAUGUACACCGACUUCAACAUAAUCUCUGGAACUUCCAUGGCGUGUCCUCACGCCAGUGCUGCCGCGGCCUUUGUCAAAUCCAGGCACCCGAGUUGGAGUCCAGCAGCCAUCAAGUCGGCUCUCAUGACAACAGCACGCUUCCUGGACAACACAAAGAGCCCAAUCAAAGACCACAAUGGGGAAGAAGCUUCACCAUUUGUGAUGGGAGCCGGACAGAUUGAUCCAGUCGCAGCGCUUAGUCCUGGCCUGGUCUACGACAUAUCUCCGGAUGAAUACACGAAGUUUCUAUGCACGAUGAACUACACAAGGGAUCAGCUGGAGCUCAUGACUGGAAAGAACUUAUCUUGUGCACCCCUGGACUCCUACUUGGACUUGAACUAUCCAUCCAUCGCGGUUCCCAUCGCUCAGUUUGGCGGGCCAAAUUCCACCAAAGCGGUGGUGAACAGGAAAGUUACCAACGUUGGAGCUGGCAAGUCGGUCUACAACAUUUCAGUAGAAGCUCCGGCGGGAGUGACUGUCGCGGUGUUUCCUCCACAGCUCAGGUUUAAAUCCGUGUUCCAGGUACUAAGUUUCCAGAUCCAGUUCACAGUUGAUUCAUCCAAGUUCCCACAAACGGUGCUAUGGGGCUAUGGAACACUGACAUGGAAGAGUGAGAAGCACUCGAAGGACAAUGGGAAGAUCUUGUACAACUUGAGCAUGGUGGUCAAGGAAAAGUCUCCCAUAGUGAAGUGGGUUGGGAAGUCGUGCAUACACAGGGAUCUAGGUGCCACACAGUAA